GCGCAAGCCAGAAAAGCGAGGCCGAUAGCCGCAGCCGAGCGCUUCGGUGCCCUGCACCCCGCUGUUGCCCGCGCGUAGCCCCAGGAUUAGCCUGAGGACACGUCUUUAGCGCGGCCGCCGCCCCGUGGCCCUCACCUGGAUUACCUACGAGGCAGCUGCCGCGGAGCUAGCGUGGAGGCGGCGGGGGAGGAGCAUUCCAAGAGCAGCCGGCUUUUCAGGGACCCCCCCUGGCGGGCGGACGCGCGGGAAAGCAGCAUCCCCGACAGAACCCGAUUCAGGGCCAGCAAGUGCAGCGCGCAACGCCUCGGGGGAUGGCGGCCGCGACCCGGAGCAGCUCCGGCUGGGCGCUACUGCUGCUGGUGGCACUUUGGCAGCAGCGCGCAGCCGGCUCCGGCGUCUUCCAGCUGCAGCUGCAGGAGUUCGCCAACGAGCGCGGCGUUCUGGCCAGUGGGAGGCCGUGCGAGCCCGGCUGCCGGACUUUCUUCCGUGUCUGCCUAAAGCACUUCCAGGCAGUCGUUUCGCCCGGGCCCUGUACCUUCGGCAGCGUCUCCACGCCGAUAUUGGGCACCAACUCCUUCGCCAUCGGGGAGGACAGUAGCGGCGGGGGCCGAAACCCUCUCCAAUUGCCCUUCAAUUUUACCUGGCCGGGCACCUUCUCCCUCAUCAUUGAAGCUUGGCACGCUCCAGGAGACGACCUGCGGCCAGAGGCCUUGCCACCAGAUGCCCUCAUCAGCAAGAUCGCCAUCCAGGGCUCCCUGCCUGUGGGUCAGAACUGGUUACCAGAUGAGCAAACCAGCACACUCACGAGGCUGCGUUACUCUUACCGGGUCAUCUGCAGUGACAACUACUAUGGGGACAGCUGCUCACGCCUGUGCAAGAAGCGCAAUGACCACUUCGGCCACUACGUGUGCCAGCCAGAUGGCAGCCUGUCCUGCCUGCCCGGUUGGACUGGGGAGUACUGCGAACAGCCUCUCUGUCUUUCUGGCUGUCAUGAGCAGAACGGCUAUUGCAACAAGCCAGCAGAGUGCCUCUGCCGCCCAGGUUGGCAGGGCCGCCUAUGCAACGAAUGCAUCCCCCACAAUGGCUGUCGCCACGGCACCUGCAGCACCCCCUGGCAGUGUACCUGCCAUGAGGGCUGGGGAGGUCUGUUCUGUGAUCAAGAUCUCAACUACUGUACCCACCACUCACCGUGCAAGAACGGGGCCACGUGCUCCAACAGUGGGCAGCGGAGCUACACCUGUACCUGUCGACCAGGCUACACCGGCAUUGACUGUGAGCUGGAACUCAGCAAGUGUGACAGCAACCCGUGUCGCAAUGCGGGCAGCUGUAAGGACCAGGAGGAUGGCUACCACUGCUUGUGCCCCCCAGGCUACUAUGGUCUACACUGCGAGCACAGCACACUGACCUGUGCCGACUCCCCCUGCUUCAAUGGAGGCUCCUGCCGGGAGCACAACCAGGGGGCCAGCUAUGCCUGUGAAUGCCCCCCCAACUUCACCGGCUCCAACUGCGAGAAGAAAGUGGACAGGUGCACCAGCAACCCCUGUGCCAAUGGGGGCCAGUGUCUGAACAGAGGUACAAGCCGAGUAUGCCGCUGCCGUCCUGGAUUCACAGGCCCCCACUGUGAACUCCCCAUCAGCGACUGCACCCGCCAUCCUUGUGCUCACGGUGGCACUUGCCAUGACCUGGAGAAUGGAAUCGUGUGCACCUGCCCUUCGGGCUUCUCUGGCAUGCGCUGCGAGGUCCGGACACCCAGCGAUGCCUGUGCCUCUGGGCCGUGCUUCAACGGGGCCACCUGCUACACUGGCCUCUCCCCCGACAACUUCGUGUGCAACUGCCCCUACGGCUUUGUGGGCAGCCACUGCGAGUUCCCUGUGGGCCUGCCGCCCAGCUUCCCCUGGGUGGCUGUGUCCCUGGGCGUGGGGCUGGUGGUGGUGCUGGUGUUGCUGGGCAUGGUGGCAGUGGCUGUGCGCCAGUUGCGGCUCCGGCGGCCAGAUGAUGGCAGGAGGGAGGCCAUGAACAACUUGUCAGACUUCCAGAAGGACAACCUGAUCCCUGCCACCCAGCUCAAGAACACAAACCAGAAGAAGGAGCUGGAGGUGGACUGUGGUCUGGACAAAUCCAACUGUGGCAAACAGCAGAACCACACAUUGGACUAUAAUCUGGCCCCCGGCCCCCUGGGGCAGGGGACCAUGCCCGGGAAGUAUCCCCACAGUGACAAGAGCUUAGGGGAAAAGUUGCCACUGCGGUUACACAGUGAAAAGCCAGAGUGUCGAAUAUCAGCGAUAUGCUCCCCCAGGGAGUCCAUGUACCAGUCUGUGUGUUUGAUAUCAGAAGAGAGGAACGAAUGUGUCAUUGCCACGGAGGUAUAAGGCACAAGCCAGCCCAGAACACCCCAGCUUUGGCCCAGUGGUUGGACCUUCCUUCUGCACUGUUUACAUUGCAUCCUGAAUGGGACGUCUCUCGAACCAUGCUGCUCUCAGGAGAAGGAGGGGAUGGCAGGAACUGGAUGGACUGGGAACUUGCCAAGACGUGCACCACCCCUGUGCACCUCUGGGUGCCUGCUGGGAUCGCAUGGCAGCUGUGCCAGCCAGGGGAGAAGAGCAGAGAGGAGAGGUGCCACUUGGAUCUGCCCUGCCAGCAGUGGCCUUUGGAGGCACCUUCUGGGGCUCUGGCCCGUUUUCCAGGGAGAGUGGCAGUGGCCUCAUGAGGCUUGGAGCUGCUGUGGCCUCCAAUGGCAUCUGUGUUUCCAAAAGUGCCUUUGUCCCAGGCUCCGUAGUGGCAGGUGGGCCCAAAUCAGAAAGAAGAGGAGGGCAAUAAGGCCAGGGCUUCCUGUGGGCAGGAAAGCCCCUGGGUGCAGCUCUUGGCAGGGAUCGCUCUGCAGGUGAGCCGGGCAUUCCAUGGGGCAAGGAGUACUUUUGGCCCUUUGCUCCCAACGACUGCACACGGGCCUUGCUCAGAAGGCCAGCCCCGCCCUGGCCUGUGCAUUCCGGAUAAUGUUGGUUCCACCACCCUCUGGCCCUGGUGCUCUGGGCUCCGUGAGCAGCUGGAUGAAGGGCCGGCCCUUCUCCAGCCAGGGGGUGCCAGGCCUCACUGAAGAGCUCAGGGCAGUUAGGUUGGGAAUUCCAGUGAGGGAGGAAGCAGGCCUGCUGCCACCUGGGCCUUCCCUCCCUCAAACCCAUUCCUGCAACCUCGAGCCUGGGCUCUGCCCAUGCCCACUACUGCCCCCAGAAGCCGAUCUUCAGAAAUCAAUAAUAUGAGUUUUUAUUUUGUUUGUUUGUUUAGUUUAUUUUGGAAUCUAGUAUUUCGAUAAUUUAAGAAUCAGAAGCACUGGCCUUUCUACAUUUUAUAACAUUAUUUUGUAUAUAAUGUGUAUUUAUAAUACGGAACAGAUGUGUACAGGAGUUUA